GAACAAGUGAAUUUUUCUGAUGGAGUUAUGUUACCUACCCACCCCUAUAUGUGAAUAGAACAUGGUGCCUACUUCUGCUGCUCCAUUGACUCACUACAAUCAGCGCGAUCGCUAAUCACAAUUUCACAAAUCACAUCUUCAUAUACCCAGUCUUCUUCUACUAUUCCACAUUCAGCAACCAAAUUCUUCAGUUAAUCCUCACUUUAAUUAUUCUGCAAUAUGUCAUCUUCCACUACAACCAUCAAUCGAUCAUCUCAGGUUAUUACCUGCAAAGCGGCGGUGGCAUGGGGACCAGGGAAAGAGCUGGUGAUGGAGGAAGUGGAAUUGAGUCCGCCGCAACCCAUGGAAAUUCGGAUCAAAGUUGUGUGCACGUCUCUUUGUCGAAGUGACGUCACUGCUUGGCAAUCGCAGUUAACUCCGAUCUUUCCUAGGAUCUUUGGCCAUGAAGCAUCAGGGAUUGUUGAGAGCGUGGGGCAAGGGGUGACGGAAUUUCAAGAAGGUGAUCACGUGCUUACAUUAUUUACGGGAGAGUGUAUGACAUGCAGACAUUGCUUAUCUACUCAAAGCAAUAUGUGUCAAGUUCUUGGUCUGGAAAGGAGAGGUGUCAUGCACAGUGAUCAGAAGACACGUUUUUCAAUCAAAGGAGAGCCCGUGUAUCAUUAUUGUGCAGUCUCAAGUUUUAGUGAGUUCACUGUUGUUCACUCUGGUUGUGCUGUUAAAGUGAGAUCUGAUGUUCCUUUGGACAAACUUUGUCUUCUCAGUUGCGGAGUGGCUGCAGGUCUAGGUGCUGCUUGGAAGGUUGCUGAUAUAUCAAAACAAUCAACAGUUGUCAUCUUUGGUCUUGGAACUGUCGGUCUCUCUGUAGCUCUGGGUGCCAAACUAAGGGGAGCUUCUCAUAUAAUUGGUGUUGACACAAACUCUGACAAAUUUGAGAAAGCAAGAUUAUUUGGAAUAACAGACCUUAUCAACCCGACAGACCACGAAGAACCUAUACAUCAGGUCAUUAAGCGUAAGACUAAUGGAGGAGCAGAUUAUGCAUUUGAGUGUGUGGGUGAUACUGGAACUGUAACAACUGCUUUGCUCUCAUGUUGUGAUGGGUGGGGUUUGACUGUUACUCUUGGUGUACCAAAAGUGGAGCCUGAAGUGAAAGCUCAUUAUGGACUGCUUCUUUCUGGAAGAACAUUGAAAGGGUCGCUAAUUGGAGGGUGGAAACCUAAGUCCGAUAUUCCAAAAUUGGUGGACAUGUACAUCAGAAAGGAAAUCCCGAUAGAUCAAUUUAUCACUCAUGAUCUUCAAUUUGCUGAUAUCAACAAAGCUUUCGAGCUUAUGAUUGGUGGGAAGUGUUUACGCUGUGUAAUUCACAUGCCAAACUAGAUUUAAACCGGUACGAUAAAUGCGAACAAUGAUACUGCUCAAUUAUAUGAAAGUAUAUCUACAUAACUGAGUUCCUACACAAAAUACAGAUUGGUCUAUCCAUUCGUCAUUUUUCCAAUACCAAAUGGAAGAAAACUUUCAAUUCCCUUACUGAAGUUAACAAAGAUGCUGCUCUACUGUAUCAAAGUUCUAAGUUGUUGCUGGGUUAAACAUCAAUUCAUCUAGCUAAGCUGAAGUACAGGAAUUGAGAGAAGCAGUAAACAAAGACGCCCUAUUUUUACAUAAAGUUUGUGUGUGACGUUGUAUUAAAUUAGUGACUUAACCAAAAAAAAAAAUGUGACAGUAUCAUUCAAAAGUUUCAGAACAAUCUUCCUGUAGUGUUGUUUGAUUACCGGAAAUAUUUCCUCGUACGUAUUUCUAACCCAUCAGGGGAAAAUUAUUAUUCGGAAUUAAUUAUACAUGUGAAAAAAGAUUUCUAUA